CGACUAUGAGAAAGAAAAGUAAUUUUGUCGCUUUUAUAAAGUAAAAAACAUAGGUCGCUUUUGAAUAAGCUUCAAGUAAAUUAGCCAAUCAACCAGCGGCUGAAUUGUUCACCCCGCCGCUGAUAGCUGAAUUAGUUUGACCACAACUAUACGCGCUUCGUGGAAGUUUGGUGCAGCGAGUGGCGAGAGCAUAACUUUCAAUUUCAGUCUGUUACUGACGUUUCGUGAGCAUUGUUGUGGUUUGCUUGGCCAGAUCGCUCCGUAGUUCUGCAGGGCAAGUAACACAAAAAAAGAUCGUGCACCAGAAUAGCACCGUGUUAGUACCUUCUGUGUCAAGUUUGGUAUUUUUAUUCAAUCAGCGUGGAAAAAUUCCGGAUUUUAAGUUAUUUGUGCAACGAAAAGAAACCAGUAUGCAAAUGAAAAUCAAGUUUACAUAAUAUUGUUUACUAAAGUUUUCCUGAUCGCAACUCAACAUCGGAUGAGAUUCUGCAUGAAGGUCGACCGCACUAGUAACUGAGCAAAUAUCUUAACAUUCGCUAAGAAAACUGUGUGUUCAUUUGAUAAAUAAUUCUGCAAUAAACUUUAUUUCCUAAAAAAAAAGCAAGUGAGCAAACGAAAGUAAAAGUAAAUCUGCUGUCAAAAAAAGUGUAGUACUAGAUCUCGCGCAGCUGAUCGGGGCAAAGCUGUCAUACAUGUGCAGUACUGUUCUGUUAUUGUCCAUCUAGUCGUCCCGUUCGGGUUGAGUUUGUGUGAGCAGAUAAUUAAAGAAACUACAGAUCCGCAAGGAAAGCAAUGUUCCAGGUGUUACAGUACGAAUGUGGAACGUCAGCUUGAACAGCACCACGGAAAAGUGUUGGAAUAGAAAUUAGUGCUGGUGUUCUGCAUCCCCAGCAACAGUAUAGCAAAAUUGCAAUACACUACAGUGAAGGCAGGUUUUGCUUGAAAGCCAUCACCGUGCCGCCGUCUUCUGCCAGGUGGGUGCGGCCCGGAGAGUGGCGGAACCGUGCUGUGAAGAAACAGAUCUCUGACCGAUCGCCUGCACUACUCGUGGUGGCGUCUGGCUUCUCAGUAUCACUUGAGCAGUGCUACGGUGAAGAAGUGCUCCUCGGUAUCGCGGUGUGUGCUCUUCGACAGUGGCAACGCAUAGCCAAGUGUUUGCCAGCAAAGAGAGAGCGGUCGACUCCCACCCAAACCUGGUCUUGGUGAAUCAGUUGUAGGAUCUAGUGCGCGGGAAAGUGCGUUCCGAAUUGGCCGCAAUUGGUGUAGGAAGAGUACAAAGUGUCGUAAAGCGAAGAAAAUGAGAGUCGGUCGGUUAUUUCGGGCGCACGGUGAGUUUUGUGCAUCACACCCAUGGGAAGUGAUAGUGGCCCUAGUGACUCUGACGGCAUGCAUAAUAACGUUUGACAAAGGAAGUGCGGAUCCGUUCCAGCAAGCUGCCCGCUCCAACACCGGUAGACCUUGUCCCAGCUGGCGGUUCAGCUCGGUGGGUGCCGACAGUGUUUUCCGGUGCGACGAUUUGGAACAGAACGGCAUCGAUGUGAUACUGAUGACCAUCGUGCGGUGUUCGGCGAUCCUCUACUGCUACUAUCACUUCUGCAACCUUCAAAAACUGGGCUCCAAAUACAUCCUAGGCAUUGCCGGACUAUUCACGGUGUUCUCCAGUUUCAUAUUCACAUCGACGGUGAUCAACUUCCUUGGCAGUGAAGUCUCCGAUCUCAAGGACGCCUUGUUCUUCUUUCUGCUUCUGAUCGAUCUAUCCAAGGCUGGCAUUCUUGCCCAGCUGGCCCUGUGCGGUUCGAGCCAGUCGGAAGUCACUACGAACAUAGCCAGAGGCAUGGAAAUCCUUGGUCCGGCUAUCUCACUGGACACGCUGGUCGAAGCGUUGGUCAUUGGCGUUGGAACGCUGUCCGGUGUGCAACGGUUGGAGCUAUUGAGCGGCUUUGCUGUCCUGUCCGCUAUAGUCAACUACAUCGUCUUCAUGACGUUCUAUCCGGCUUGCCUGUCCCUCAUUCUUGAUCUCUCACGAAACGCAGGCAACUUGAUACAGAAAAAUAAGAAGGAAAAUCUGCUGGCUCGUGUACUGACCGAGGAAGAUCAAAAACCGAACCCUGUGGUUCAGCGAGUGAAGCUGAUUAUGUCCAGCGGACUGAUGAUUGUUCAUGUGCUUAGUCGGUUAACUAUCUCCGAGAAGGAUUCUGAUACGGCCGAGCAAAUUAUUUCAUCUCAUAGCCACGAACAUUUGGCAGCGCUGAACAAGACUGAGCCAAACGAAAUCUCCGAAUUUAUUAUAAGGUGGCUCUCGAUCAGCACCGAGCAGAUCGUGACGUACAUCCUGAUCAUCGCGUUGGGCGUCAAGUUUGUCUUUUUCGACCGUCACAAUCUGUCCGAUCAGAUUCUGCUUUCGGUAGCGAACGAAGCGGCUGCGGCAGCGGCCGCUGCUGCAGCUAAACGACAGAAACAGCUCGUCCUAAAUGCCGAAGCGCAACAACUGGAAGCACAGAACAGCAACAGGCAACAGGAGAAGCAUCCCGUUGCUACAUUCACCCUAGCCGAAAUGGUUCCGGUGGCCGAGAAGGCUACCCAAAGCGAGCUCAGUUUACUGUCAGGCAGACGACUGAGAUCGAAAAGUAUGGGAGCAGAGGACGAGCUGGAUUUAGACAAUUUGGACGAUGAGUUGGUGGAACAAGAACCAAGACCACUGGAUGUCUGUUUGAGUAUUCUGAACGAAUCCGAAGAAGGAGCAGUAGAAUUGACAGAUGAGGAAAUCAAAAUGAUUGUUAGAGCUGGAGAUGGACAUUGUCCACUGUACAAGAUUGAAAGCAUUAUCGGUGACGCGGAACGAGGCGUGAAAAUUAGAAGAGAUUUAAUUCAGAAAGAGGCUGGUUUACCAGUGAAUGCCUUCAAGCAUUUGUCAUACAAGAAUUACGACUACUCUAAGGUUAUGAAUGUUUGCUGUGAAAAUGUACUUGGUUAUGUGCAGAUUCCGGUUGGCUACGCUGGUCCUCUAAUGCUAGACGGUCUUCGUUUUUAUGUGCCGAUGGCCACAACGGAAGGAGCGUUGGUUGCAAGUACCAACCGUGGUUGUAAAGCCAUUUCAUGCCGUGGUGUAACCAGUUUCGUGGAGGAUAUAGGCAUGACACGUGCUCCUUGUAUUAAGUUCCCCAAUGUUCUACGGGCAGCUCAAGCAAAGCGGUGGAUUGAGACAACGGAGAAUUUCGCAAUGAUCAAAAAGGCAUUCGAUUCAACCAGUAGGUUUGCCCGUCUGCAGGAAUGCCAUAUAGCUAUGGACGGUCCAGUUUUAUAUACUCGUUUCCGGGCACUUACCGGGGAUGCUAUGGGAAUGAAUAUGGUUUCGAAAGGAUCUGAAAUGGCUCUCCGCGAAGUGCAAAGAGCCUUCCCGGAUAUGCAAAUUAUUUCGUUGAGUGGUAAUUUUUGUUCAGACAAAAAACCGGCUGCAAUUAAUUGGAUUAAGGGGCGUGGCAAACGAGUCGUUUGUGAAACUAUAGUACCGGCAGACAAACUACGAAGCAUUUUGAAAACCAACUCCCGAACACUGGUACAGUGUAAUAGACUGAAAAACAUGACCGGAUCGGCAGUGGCCGGUAGUAUCGGUGGAAACAACGCACAUGCCGCCAACAUGGUUACGGCAAUCUACAUUGCCACCGGUCAGGAUCCGGCUCAAAACGUGACAAGUAGCAACUGUUCUACCAACAUGGAAUGUUACGGAGAAAAUGGUGAUGAUUUGUACAUGACCUGUACGAUGCCGUCGCUAGAAGUUGGCACGGUAGGUGGAGGUACGGGAUUGCCCGGCCAGGGAACCUGUCUCGAUAUGCUUGGCGUGAGGGGUGCUCACCCGACGCAUCCGGCCGAGAAUUCCAAACAGUUGGCUCGUGUUAUCUGUGCCACUGUAAUGGCCGGUGAGCUAAGUUUAAUGGCUGCCCUAGUCAAUAGUGAUCUAGUCAAGAGUCAUAUGCGGCAUAAUAGAUCCUCGGUAGCUAUGAACCCCGGAAUAACGGCUAUACCAUCCAUCAACAAUAACAACAACACCACUAGUAGCAGCAGCCUCAGUCCAAGCACUACGUCUGUUGUGAUUCACUGAUAUUUACAAUUCGCGGGAACUACCUCAGAGAUGCGAACGAGAAAUGCGAACAAUGUCUAGGUUCUCAUUGAUUAAAUGAUCGCAGUUUGCUUUGUCGAAUGAAAUCAAGUGGAUUUUUUUUAAUUCGGAUAUCAGAAAAACGGGGAUUGUGUAAGAGAUGCAAAUGUUCGAAAUCUAGAAAAUAAAUUAUUGAUAAGAACCUUAACAAACACUGUACAGCGACAAGUGAAGUAAAUCAAAAUUUAAUCGAAAAGUAUAAAAGAUUGCGGUCAUAUUGUACAUAUUAGACCCCAGGCAUAAGAUGCAAGUGAAGAACCAACUUAUUUUUUUAUUUUUUUUUUAACAAAAAGCAAAUGAUCGCUUGCAAAAUCGAAACCAUUUUUCAUUAGAAAAUUUUUCUGCUUUUGUACAUAACGUAGACUAAUUUCUACUGUUUCGUAAGAAAAAUAAAAUUGCGCCAAUGCACGGCUCGGAUCUACAUCAGAAGCACACGGUACCGAUCGCAUCGUUUGGCCAGUGUGAGAAGUGUAUGCCAAACCUUAGGGAAAAGUUAGAGUAGAUGUACUGCAGGGGCAUUUGACAAAACGGAACGACUUACAAGUAAGCUAUUUAUAACUACUAAACAUGAAUAUUUGGUGCUAAUUGAAAAGGUAAGAAUAAAUACAAACAAUUCUUACAGAUGCCGA